UUUCUUGCAGAACAUGGCCAGUGAAGCUGUGGAUGAGUCUAGAUUUCUGGUACAUGAAGGACCAAAGCCAGGAGUAUCUUAUCCACUUCAUGUAGAUUAUUGUCCAGAAUGCUCAAUGCCAUUUGAGUAUUGUGAAAACGGUCCUUCAUUUGACAAGUGCAAGAAGUGGUUACAGGAUAAUCUACCAGAGGAGUUUGAAAGGUUGCAUGUUGGUGAAGGUGAUGAAGGCAAAGAAGGAGAAGAAAAGAAAAGACAAAAGCGUGGAGGUAGAGGAGUACCUAAAUCAAGAAAAAAGGCAGCUGCACCCCAGAGUGUCUGUUUAUCUAGAGCAUCCAGAGGGAAGAAAAAAUAUGUGACUGUGGUGACUGGUCUUGCCACAUAUGAGAUCGACCUUAAGGAUGCCAGCAAAUGUUUUGGCAGCAAAUUUGCCUGUGGAUCAUCAGUAACAGGAGAUGAUGAAAUAGUCAUCCAAGGAGAUGUAAAAGAUGAAUUGUUCGAUUUCAUUACAGAAAAGUGGCCCCAGAUAUCUGAAGAUAACAUAGAUGAUCUGGGAGAUUUGAAGAGAUGAAGAUGAUAUGUUUAAAUACAGGACAUUGUUUAAUGUUAUAAACAUGCACCAAGUCAGUUAUGAAUUGUGUACUACAGCUCUUAAUAAAGGCCCGUGGCCUUGUACGUCUUUUCACCAUUUGUUUAUUCUUUACUUGAUGUUAAAGUGCAUCUUGUGUAGUUACAGUUUCUAUUGUACAUGGAGGUAAAUACAGUUUGCAUUACCACAAUAAGAAUGGGAAGAAUCUGAAUAAAAUAUAUUUGUGCAAAUA